GCCAGCGAGAAAUUCGUUCUGGACACUCAAUUGUUGUUAAUCCAAGCGGACCAUACCGCUACCCUGCAAACACCAUAGGGGCCGAUGCUUGCCUUAGAUCCUAUGCUCUGGCAACGUACCUUUACCCUGUAUUGUCGGCAUCAUUCCCACUGUGCUUCAGUCAUAACGUCUUCAGGCUCCUUUCUGAUAUCGUAUGUGACAGGCGGCCUACUACAAGAUGGGCAGUCCAUCUUCGCUCGGCUUUCCCAUGUAGCUCAGUCGCCUCAAUUAGCGCAUCACCGAAUGGUUUCCUUCCUUAGGGCUUCAGCGCGGUGGCAAGGAAUUGAGUAUGUAUGCCCAUGGUGGCCGCAGUGGUAAGUGACGAAACAUGUUGCACACACGUUUCUCAGAGUAUUGGAUGCUUUGAGCCAUGUUCAGUGAGUUAGAGGGUAUCUAUUCUUUCCAAGGACUUGGUAACUAAAGCCAAUACAGUUUGUGAGAUCGGAAUGCUGUG